AGUGUAAAACCACCUAAAGUUAACUAUCACUGCAGACUUGAAUAAGUCAGCACUUUUAUUUAGAAAGGAUGAUACUCACAGGGAAUGAAGCCAGCGAAACAGCAUAUUUUUUUACUAAAUUUGACACAAAUGUAGUUUCCUUCAAAGUGUAAUUAAAGCGCACAUUUGCUUCGAAUCGUCUGAGAAUCUUCGGUCCACUUAUAUUUUAUAAAUCAAUGAACAAAUUCGGGAAGAACUUUAAAGAAGCGUACAUACAAAAUCCGUUUGUGUUUUGUGACUUGUUUAUCGAGAUAACGCAACGAACCAUAACUACGAUAAUCGUGUUCAAAAUUAAGUUCAAGUGGUUGCUGUUUUUGUUCCGGUUAUUUCAGAAAUACAACAUGGACGAAAUCAAUAUAGACAAACCGCUAUGGGAUUUGAACGCAUUUACCGGCCGUUUCAUGCAUUUUUUAUGGGUCACCGAUCCUAGAACAUGUUUUACUUCAGAAAAAGAACUGCUGGACGCAAAAGAUUUGGUUUUAAAAGUAAGACAAGGACAACGACCAAAUAAUGUUUCAAUUGAUGAAAUUUAUCGUGCUAAGAAACUUUACGAAAGCGCAUUUCAUCCAGAUAGUGGGGAACUACAAAACAUAUUCGGUCGUAUGAGCUUUCAGAUGCCUGGAGGAAUGGCCAUUACAGGCGCAAUGCUACAGUGGUAUAGAACUAACACGGCGGUAAUCUUUUGGCAAUGGGUUAACCAAUCUUUCAAUGCACUAGUUAAUUACACAAAUAGGAACGCUAAUUCGUCACUGACAACUACUCAACUAGGUGUAUCGUAUGUAACAGCUACGAGUUCUGCGCUUGUAGCAGCUGUGGGUUAUAAAGGCUAUUUAACAAGAACAGCUAGUCCAUUUUUCCAGCGAUAUGUGCCGUUCGUGGCUGUAGCAGUAGCAAAUUGCAUUAAUAUUCCACUUAUGAGACAGAACGAACUGAUAUUUGGAAUUGAUAUCCAAGAUGAUGCUGGUAAUUCAGUUGGUAAAAGUAGAGUCGCUGCCGUUAAGGGAAUAUCUCAGGUAAUUUUGAUUUGAAAACCUUACGUCCAG